AUGCAGCUCACUCUCCUGUCCUCCGUCCUCCUCGCCCUCUCUGCCUCUGUGUUCUCCGCGCCUGUGGAGGUGUCGCUUGCGACGCGCAGCGGCCCGGGCAAGCGCGGCCUCUGCUGGCCGUUCUACAAUUCCCCACUCAACCCCGCCAAGUUCAAGGACAGCUCCAACUCGGUCAACCUCAUCUAUGACUACGAGACCUUCGCCCCGCCGUCCUCAAACGGCGCUGGCGGGCUCAACUUUAUCGGCAUGCAGCGCUGCCUCGACUGCCAGUCGUCGCCCAUCUCGCAGCUCCAGGCGCGCCAGAAGCAGCUGAAAUUCUCGACGCUGUUCACGCUCAACGAGCCCGACAUCAACGGGAUCAGCCCACAGACUGCGGCGGCGUGGUAUAAGCAGAACAUCAACCCUCUGGCCAUUAAGAAGGCGCUCCCCGCCGUGACGUCCUCCACCAACCCCGGCCAGGGCCUCGACUGGCUGCAGCAGAUGGUGGCCGCCUGCAACGGCCAGUGCUUCUUCGACUACAUCAACAUUCACCACUACGGCCCGAACCUGCAGGCCUUCAAAGACUUCGUCAACAAAGCGCACGCGCAGUUCCCCGGCAAGCAGAUCGUCGUGACCGAGUUUGCGCUGCAGAACCCCGCGGGCGGGCAGGCAGCGCAGGUCGCGUUUUUCCGCGACGCGUUCAAGUUCUUGGACGGCGCGUCGUUUGUCGCGAUGUACUUCCCCUUUGUCGCGACCACGCCCGCGCUCUUCGCCAAGAACGACGCGAACGGCGCGAAGUUUGUGGGCACCGGCUCGACGCUGUUCAAUAACGACGGCUCGGUCAGUGCGGUGGGCAAGUUGAUGCUGGCUUGA